AUGACCGCCGACCUUCAGCCCGAACUUGCUCCGAUGGACACAGUCCUGCCCUUUGCGCCUGAACUCCCAUUCCCGCCAAAGCAGAAGAAGCCCGCUGACCCUCUAACGAAGGCGAUCAACGACCUGGCGGAACGCUGGAUCGCAACGCUGCCAGACGCUCCGACCGUCUUCUCGCCAGCGGGCGUAUGGCCUCUCCUUGCAAUCUUAGCAGAUGCGGCGACGGGCGCCGUCGCUGACGACCUGAAGGAGGCACUCUGCUACCACCCGACAGACGGGACCGGCCCACUGAAAGCGGCGAUCAAGGUGCUAGACUGGCUGCGCGAGACGCCCGGACUCAAUGGCGCCAUCGGCGUGUGGAUCCGGCGCACGCUGAGUGUCAAGAAAGAGUGGCUGGACCGCGUACCUGCCACCUCACGAGGGAUCCUGCACGGUGCCGGGGACAAGGCGAAGCUCGACAUUUGGACGCGCGAGAACACGGACGGGCUGAUCGACGAGUUUCCCUGUGAAGCCGAGAACUUGGGACAGUUCAUUCUUGCCAGCACGAUUGUGCUGCAGACGACGUGGCUCGACAUGUUCGAGCCGGAAGGUCAAAGCCAGCUCGUACGGACGACGCAGGGGCUCGACAUUGUCCGAUCCAACGGACAAGUCACCGUCGUGCGCAUUGAGGGCAAGGCCGGCGAGUACAGCUCCAAGCCGAAGCACGAUGUCUACCUCGUCCUUGGGAUCAAAGGCGAACCACCAUCGACAGUGCUGGGCAAGGGUCUGUCGCUCAUUCGACACACGCCAAAGAAGACGACAUACGAGCAAGCGAAGCGGCUGUCUGGACCGGGCAUCUCCGUUCGGCAAGUCGAGCGGCACGAACCGCCAGACGAUGGCAGGCCUUUCGUUACCGUCUACACCCACGCUUUUGAGGUGACGGGUGAACACGAGCUAGUGGGGAACGCCGUAUUCGGUCUGCAACGUGCGGUAGAGCCAGGGUCCCACUUCCCCUGCAUCGCAGAUGGGGAGCUCGGCAUCGACGGAGGGUCGCAGGUCGCCGUGGCCCGCUUCACGGAAUCAGGCUUCAGCGCAGCCGCCGUCUCGGACCCCUGCUGGUUUGGCAGCUUUGCUGACCCCAACGGUAGAGCGACUUGCAUUGACGUCAAGUUCAAGCGCGCGUUUGGGUUCCUUGCCAUGGACCGGAAGACCGGGGUGGUCACGUUCGGAGGAUGGGUAACGAACAAGAAUCUCAUCCGUGAUUGA